AUGAACAACAUUGCCAGCGGACUUACAGCUGAGGCCAAGGCCAAUAUGCUUGCAAACCUCCAAAUCGAACUCAACUCGCGCAUUGAGAAGCUACGAGCCCAAUGCGAGGCUCAGUGCGCCAGUAUGCAGUCGCGCCUCGAGCGACGCGUCAACCGCAUCCCGGUCGUGACGCGCCAAACCACACUCGCCAACCUCCUCAAGGCAUCAGCACCAAUACAACUCAUCACCGCGCCUGCCACAACAACCAAGGUCACAACUACAACCGCCAUCGCAACAACAGCGACUACCGCUACUGCCGCCACCAAGAAAACAGCCGGUACUGGCACUGCUGGCCGCAAACCUCGCAAUGCUGUACCCAGCGCGCCUUCCUCACGACCCGCAUCCUCGCCAGAAGUGCGCAUCAAGUCCACUUCCAACACCAAGACUACCAAUACCAAGACUGUCCCUACAUAUGCCAAAGCAACAAAGACGGCCCGAGCCAAGAAGCGCAGCAGCGACGAAAUGUCUGGCGAGGACAAGGAAAACUCUGAAUUGCCU